CAUCGUCAAAGCUAAAUCUGGCGAACGCACUAGAGUUGAGGGUCCGCUUGUCGUUUAGGCAUGAUGGGACCCACACUUUGACGCCGCCGACGACGACGACGACCACCACCGCCAACAUUUGAGGCCUUGGCGUCGUAGACUGCUCUCGUCGCUAAUGGCACUCCGCUACCUCUCCUGGGCCUGCACCUUCCGAUCCGCCAUCUUCCUCUUCCUCCUCGCCGCCGUCGUCACCGCCUGCGUCACCCUCCCCAUCGAACAGUUUUUGAAGGACUUCUUGAUAUGGGUUAAGCAGGAUCUUGGCCCCUGGGGUCCACUUGUGCUGGCUGUUGCAUACAUUCCUCUCACAGUCCUUUCUGUUCCAGCUUCUGUGCUUACACUUGGUGGAGGUUAUCUUUUUGGAUUGCCCAUUGGAUUCGUUGCCGACUCUGUUGGUGCAACAUUAGGUGCCACAGCGUCAUUUUUUCUUGGAAGAACAAUUGGAAGAUCUUAUGUCACUUCCAAACUCAAGAAUUAUCCAAAGUUUCAAGCUGUUUCCAUUGCAAUUCACAGAUCGGGUUUUAAGAUAGUUCUGCUACUUCGGCUUGCUCCUUUGCUUCCAUUUAACGUGCUGAACUACCUCCUCUCGGUGACUCCUGUUAACGUAGGGGACUAUGUACUGGCAUCUUGGUUGGGGAUGAUGCCCAUCACAUUUGCACUGGUGUAUGUUGGUACAACACUUAAGGAUCUUUCAGACGUUACAGACGGGUGGAAUGGGGUUUCAACCACUCACUGGGUGUUUAUAGCGCUAGGUUUUGGAAUAUCCGUGAUUCUAAUGGUUUGCAUUACUAAAGUUGCAAAGGCUUCUUUGGACAAAGCAGUGGCUGAAAAUGCUGAAAUAGAAGGCAUCUUGUCACCUUCAAUGCUAUCCAUCGGAGCAGAUUCGUCCUUGGAUCUUCGGAAGCCUCUCAUAGUCCGGAUAGACUCAGACCGGUUAAGAUAGUAUCACGAAAAGAAACUGCAAAUUCAAUGUAAAUGUUUUUCGUCAUUUACGUAUAGAUGUGAUAUUUUUGCUUAGGAUUGAAGUGUAAACGUGCAAAGGAGAAGAAGUUUUUCUUCUCUAGCAUUCGUGUACAGCACUUCCAAUGUACAGCACCCGAAAUGAUUUGUUUUCAAAU